AGUGGCUUGGCGGCCGACGUACGAGCCGCAUUGGUGCUGCUGCGUUGGUGCUCGUUCGGAAAAUAGCUCGCUGCUGCAUGCGCGGCAGCCUCCUCUUCUGCUUGGCGGGCGCCGCGACCUCCUUCGUGCGGGAGCCGCGCCGGCUGGCCUUGCUGCAAGCGAUGCCGACGGGCAAGCAACGUAUUGCAGAGCUAGAGGCGCGGCCGCUCUCUGGCCACACGCCGCCGGGAGAAGACUCGGUGGAGUGGACGCCGGAGCAGCUCGCGGAGCACUUCGGUUUGCCGGGCUGCCGCGUCUGGUGCGCGUGGCACAAAACAAGAGGGUAUACCCUAAACGACGUCAAAGUCGUCGUGCCCUGGGACGACAAGAAGCCUCUUUCGCUCGCCAGAGCCAAGGAGGAGUUUCGUGCGAGGGCCUUACUCGAUGAGGAGGACGACUCUGGUGCUGGAGGGCUCUCAGCCGCUGCUCGCAGUGCCGCGUCGACGCAUGAGCCGAACGCCAAGAAAUCGGCGGCCGGCAGGGCGCAGCGCCUGAGAGAAGUCGAGAUCGAGGCGGAGGCGAAGAAGUGGUCCGGUACCCCUCAAGAGCGCCAGCUCACGCUUAUGGGGGGCACUGCCCUGGUGCCGCACCGCUCCGUCUCGGUCGCCGACUGGCAGUACUGGAAGGGAGAGGGCGCCUAUCCGACGACGCCGGGCGUGCCGGGCUUCGAGCCGUCGUUUUUCUAUGCGCGGAAGCACUCGGCGAUGAACCGAGUCCUCGAGCGCGAGGCGGAUGAAGGGAUGACGUGCCACGAAUGGGAGCUCGAGCUCUUUCGAGGGGCGGAUAAGGAGCUGACCAUCAACCGCGGCGACAUGGCCCAGUCCUGCCAGUGCCUCGCCACGGCUGGCGUUAUUACUAAUGAUCAGAUCGGCCAGCAGGUGCGCACGCGGCGUUUUUUCAAUCAGCUCGAGGCGCCUUCAAAAUUUGAGAGUGGCCUCGGCGGUAGCCGCGUUUUUGACGGUCGUUGUCGCACAGGCCAUCGAGUGGGGCUUCGGCUGGCCGUUGUUCCGCAACGGCGAGGUCGUCAAGAUCGACGGCGCCGCCGCCCACGCCCAGGCCAACGCCUGGUUCAACUUUUGUGAGGACAACCAGCUCGACUUGUGGGCGAAGGAGAUUAGUAGAGACGGCGACGGCUUCACCGUGCGCCCCAGCAACAAGGGCGACGCCAAGUACGCCUACGAGCGCUGCGGCCGGUCGAAGUGGGACAAGACGUGCUUCGCCGACCUCAUCGUCAAGAACUCGUGGGCCGGGCGGCCCGACGACCUGCCGCGCCUGGACACGCGGCCGCUCGAUGAGAACAACUUCCAGCUCGCGAAGAUCCAGAAGGGCGCCGCCGACGAGAACGGCCACUUCACGGUCACGACCCUCUGCUACAUCGAGCGCGCCGGGCGGAACGCGGUCGUGCAUCUGCCGGCGACGCGCCACGGCCUGCUGCCGCUCAAGCGCAUCACGGAGGAGGAGCGCAUCGAGACCUUGGGGCGUUUCCGGGAGUUCGCCGAGGCGCGGAACGACGACGCGAAGCUGAAGCAGUUGGCGCGCGGCGUGAUGGUCCACCCUUCACGCGUUAAUCAGAAGCGCGGCCGCGGCCCGGGCCAGAACUACGGCAUCAUCGUGACGAGGGACUCGCCCGAGAGCGUCGCCCGGGCCCUCUGGACGAACAUGUUCAACCCGGAGGGCGCGCGCGCGACGAAGAUCAUCCAGGACUUCCUGGACGACAUCUACGCGCUGAUGGCGGAGUUCUUCCCGGCGGCGCACCACGCGGCGCUGCGCCGCGACCCCAAGUUCGUGGAGAUGGCGCUGCGCGGCGUCAUCGACGACGAGAGCGAGUACGAGCCGAACUACGACGAGCUGCCGACGAUCCUCAAGUCGCUCACGUUCAACGACGACGUCGCGAAGAGCUUCACUGCGUUCGGCAAGGUCCUGCGCGACCGGUGCAUCACGCUCAGGAAGGAGCACCCGGGCUGCAUCACGUGGCCGCCCGGGCCGACGCCGCCGGGACCGGGGCCGGGGCCGGGCGGUGGCGGCGGCGGCGGCGGCGUCGGCGGCGACCCUCUCGACGGCAUCGACGCCGGUGACAUCCACCCCGGGCACGACAUGUCGCCGGACGAGGUGUGGAAUUUCUAG